AGAAAGCUUCAAAAUUCAUUCCUUUCUCAGCAGAAAGAGAGUUCAGAUUCCCUUUUUUGAUUUUCGAGUCUGCCUAGAGAGAGAUCAGUACAACGUUGUUGUUGGUUUUUCUCCAUGUCUGAUAACCCAUUCUAUUACCAUAAUCACAUGGGAAGUGGAAGGAUCAACACAUUCCCUUUCUUCGGCGAUGAUCACGCCGACCACAACCCUUCUUCUAUCUACGCUUCCUCCGAUCAUCACCCGCCGUCUGCUCCGACACAGAAUCUCCUUCACCAAGAAUUCCUUCCUUCUCCGUUCAUGAGUUUCACCGAGAGCUUACAAGGCUCCAUGGAUUACCACUCUCACUCCAACGCUUUUGGGAUGUCUUGCUCUUCGUCCGAGGUUGUCUGCACUCCGGCGGAUCAUCAUCAUCAGCAGCAUCAUCAGCAGCAGCAGCACCACCAGGAAUCUUCUAGAAAGAGUAGUGUUUCUGCGGGAGAGGCGGCGGCGGGAAGCAGCGCGGAGAAUAUUCCGUUUGUGGCGGCGAAUUCAUCGGUGUCGUCCUCGUCCAGUGAGGCUGCGGGGGGAGAUAACGGAGAAGAAGAUUCCUCAAAGAGCAAGAAAGAUCUGAUACUGCCCAAAGGGUGUGAGGACGGAGACGACGACAAGUCCACAAAAAUAAACAAAGGUGCAGCGAAGAAGAAAGGGGAGAAGAAGCAAAAGGAACCAAGAUUCGCCUUCAUGACAAAAAGUGAGAUUGAUAAUCUUGAAGAUGGAUAUCGCUGGAGAAAAUACGGACAGAAAGCUGUCAAGAACAGUCCGUUUCCCAGGAGUUAUUACAGGUGCACCAGCCAAAAAUGCACCGUGAAGAAGCGUGUGGAGAGAUCAUACGAAGACCCAACAGUCGUGGUCACCACCUACGAAGGGCAGCACAACCACCACUGUCCGGCGACUCUACGCGGCAAUGCGGUGGCGCUGCUAUCCCCAGCUUCAUUCUUGUCACCAUCUCCGGCCGCGCUCAUGCCCACCUUCCAUCAAGACCUCUUGCUCAAUCCAAUGCUGUCAGCCUCCACAAAUUUCCAGACUUCCAUGUACGGCAGCUAUCAUCAGCACAAUCACCAUCUUGGCCUCAACCCUCACCACUAUGAUCAUCAGAUGACCCAAUCCGCAGUCGAUCAGUACACUUUAUUCCAGGACAUGCUUGUCUCAUCAUUGGGCCAUAAACAGGAGCAUCCAUGAGAUGGAUCGAGUACGUACGUUAUUAUUCCUUCACGCCUUGCUCCUGUUCGGCAAACAUCUAUAUAUAAUAUAAAUGUGUAGUCUCGAUCAUCACUAUCAUUUUAAUUUUAUAAUUCAGAGACGGAACACAUUUUUCAAUUCACUAUUAGAGCUGUUGAUGUUUAUAUUUAUUGUC